GUACAUGUCCAUGUUUCGCUUUCUGAUCGCAUAAAGAUGAGUCAAGUGGAAAAGCAGCGAUCGACGAUCGAACAGUUCUUCUCGGGCGGCCGUGUUUUUCUAACCGGGGCGACUGGUUUUAUGGGAAAACUGACUUUGGAAAAAUUACUGCGAUCAUGUGAAGGCCUGGAGAAGAUCUACGUGCUGGUCCGCGUGAAAAAGCAAAAGGAUGUCGAGGACAGGCUGGAGGAGCUCUUCCAGAGCGUAGUGUUCGAUCGGCUCAAAAUGGAGCAGCCCGACUUUAAGGAAAAAGUUGUUCUGAUUCCAGGCGAUUGCGUUCAACCCGAUUUGGGGUUAAAUCUUGAAGAUAAAGCGAUGUUGAUGGAGAAGGUCAACUGUAUCUUUCACUUUGCGGCCACGGUUAGGUUCGACCAAAAAAUUCGAACCGCCGCCUAUAUCAACGUUAGGGCCACUCGAGAUCUGCUGCGUAUGGCUAAUAGGAUGUUCAAUUUAAAAUCGUUUGUUUAUAUGUCGACGGCCUACUCGUAUUGUGUUCAGAGGGAUAUCGGGGAGGAGUUCUAUAAGCCCCCAAUAACCGGCGAGAAUUUGCUGAAGUUGGUGGAUUCGUGCAGUGAUGAUUUUCUUGACAAGAUAACCCCCACUCUUCUAGGAGAUUGGCCAAAUACAUACGCUUUCUCAAAAGCGAUCGCCGAAGACGUAGUACUCAACGAAAGCGGAGGGCUACCAUUGGCCAUAGUUCGCCCUUCCAUAGUUAUUCCCACUGCAAAGGAGCCAAUUGAGGGUUUUAUUGAUAAUUACUAUGGCCUCACCGGGGUACUGUUGGCAAGUGCUGUCGGUUUAAUUCAUGUUUUGUACGCGAAAUCGGAUGCUUUGUCCGAUAUAGUACCUGCAGAUUAUGCCAUCAACAACGCCAUUGCAGCCGCCUGGAGCGUUGGAGUGGAGGAGCCCGAAAAUAACGUAGCUAUGGGCGAUUGUCGCAAACCUCCCAUAUUCAACUACGUCAGUACCCGAGAAAAUCCUCUUACAAUGCGAGAAAUCAUGAGAUAUGGCGAAACGCACUUUGCGAAGUAUCCAAUGAAAAACAUGUUAUGUUUCUAUUUCUUAACUCUAACCAGUAAUUACUACCUUUACAUCACGUUGAAACUCCUAUUUCACUACAUUCCCGCAUACAUCGUCGACUUUGUCGCACGGCUCAUAGGAAAGAAACCGUUCCUUGUAGACGGUUACAGUAAAAUAGGCAAAUUCAUGAGUGCAACCGAAUACUUUUCAAUAAACCAGUGGAAGUUCUCCAAUGACAACACGCAAGCAUUGUACCGCAGCAUGAGCGAGUCGGACAAGAAGAAGUUUUGCUUCGAUAUGGGCACGAUCGAUUGGAAUGCGUUCUUUGACAUCUAUGCAAGGGGUGUACGCGUAUAUCUAGCCAAGGAUCCCAUGGAGACGUUACCUGAAGCAAAAAGAUGGCUACGUAAGCUUCAAGUGAUGUAUCACAUCGUGAUUUGUACAUUUUGGAUUGGGUUGUUGUGGACAGGAUAUAGUCUUGUGAAAUUUGUUUUUUAAUAAAUCGGUCCUCCUA